AUGUCUGAUUUCCAACUAGAGAUUCUACAGAAAUUGAAUGAUUUAGGAGAGAUUCAAUCCUCUUUAAAGACUUUCCCAUCAAAAUCUUCUCAAGAGGUUUUGUCUGCAUUGAACUCUUUGCAAGCUCACGGUAAAGUGGAAUUCAAAAAUAUCGAUACUUUGCACUAUGAUCUAUCCAAGGAAGGUUUCGAGAUCGUAGAAAAAGGUUCUCAUGAAAUUCUACUGGUGAAAUUGAUUGCUGAUUUAGGUAAAUUACAAAUUAAAGAAGUCGGUACCAAACUAGGUUCUAAUGGUAAAGUUGGUCAAGCUCGUGCUUUCAAGAAUGGGUGGAUUAAGAAGAAUGAUUCCAAUGAAUUAGAAUUGUCAGAUAAAGUCAAAGCAAUGGAUUUAAAUCAAUUAGAUGAUACUACUAAAGACUUAUUACAAAAGAUUUCUCAAGGUAAAGAAGAUAUUUCUUCAAUUGAUUCAAAGACUCUUGCUGAUUUGAAGAAAAGAAAAUUGAUUUCACAGAGAAAAGUUACAGAUUUCCAAAUUACUAAAGGUUCGGAUUUCUCUUUAACUAUCACUAAAGCUGAAACUGAUAUUACUUCAGACAUGGUCCAAAACGGUACUUAUAAAGACAUGACUUUCAAAGACUAUAACUUCAAUUCUCAAGGUGUUCCAACUCAAUCCGGUGCUUUACAUCCAUUGAAUAAAGUUAGAGAAGAAUUUAGACAAAUCUUCUUCUCCAUGGGUUUCACCGAAAUGCCUUCGAACCAAUACGUUGAAACCGGUUUCUGGAAUUUCGACGCUCUUUACGUUCCACAACAACAUCCAGCUCGUGAUUUACAAGAUACUUUCUAUUUGAAAGAUCCAUUAGUAGCAGACCUACCAGAGGAUAAGACUUACAUGGAAAACAUUAAAGCUGUGCAUGAAAAUGGUAAAUAUGAUUCCAUUGGUUACCGUUACGACUGGCAUGAAAAGGAAUCUCAAAAGUUGGUAUUGAGAACCCAUACUACCGCCAUCUCCGUAGCAAUGUUGCAUGAAUUAGCCAAGGAUCCUAAACCAACUAGAUUAUUCUCCAUCGAUCGUGUCUUCCGUAACGAAGCUGUCGACGCUACUCAUUUGGCUGAAUUCCAUCAAGUCGAAGGUGUUCUUGCCGAUUAUAAUAUUACCUUAGGUGACUUGAUUCAAUUCAUGGAAGAAUUUUUCAAAAAGAUGGGUGUCACUGGGUUAAGAUUCAAACCUACUUAUAACCCUUACACUGAACCAUCCAUGGAAAUUUACUCAUGGCAUGAGGGUCUAGCCACAUGGGUCGAAAUUGGUAAUUCUGGUAUGUUCAGACCAGAAAUGCUGGAAUCCAUGGGCUUACCAAGAGAUCUUAGAGUAUUAGGUUGGGGUCUAUCCUUAGAGAGACCAACUAUGAUUAAAUACAAGGUUCAAAACAUUAGAGAGCUUCUAGGUCACAAGGUUUCAUUAGAUUUCAUCGAAAACAACCCAGCUGCUAGAUUAGAUGAAGAUUUAUACGAUUAA